UUUCAAACGAUUAGCGUCUCGAGAACAAGCACAUUCACUGGGAAUUUCUGUGAUGUUGUGCGCACAAGCACAACCACGACGGACUCGACCGAGCUUCAUCAGGAGUCGCCUCGUGUGAAGAGAGCUAGGGCCGUCGAGGAGGCGUGUAAUGGGUAUGAGCAGAUUCUGUUCAGUUCAGUUGGAUGAAUAAUAGCCUAGUGGUUGGGUAUGCUGGCAAUGCUUUUGCUGGGUCAGACAAAGUGAACGUUCAACUAAUUGAUGUCAUCAACAAGGAGAUUAAGAUCCGGAGCCCUGUUUUGUCGCAACAGGUUUACAGCGGCGAGGAGGGUCAUUUAGCAUAUUUGGACCCAACCCAAGGUCGCCGCCGGUAGUCAUUAACGGAAGAUGGGGCCGUUUGCUGACUUAAAGUUGGAUAACGUCAUAAGUCAUAACCCCUGUUCAUCAAGAUGCCGGGAAAUUUGGACAUAUUUUUCAAUAUCCACUUACGGCGGCUAGUGGAGGCACCGGGUUCUGGAAUCUGGGGUGGCCCGCGCAUUCAAUCGCUUGCCCCAGUUAUUAUAUUCUUCUUAGAUUGAUGCUCUGUAACAUUAUAUAUAGUGGUACUUUGAUGCAAGUUUUUAUUACAACUUGAAAUCAUCUACUACAAAAUCUUCCUCUAAGUGGAAAAAUGACAUGGAUUUCAAUAUGCACGGGAAAAUCUGGAUUUGCUGCGUCUUCUACAGCUGAAGAUGUUACUAAAGGAGUUGAUGGAACCGGCCUCACUGCCAUUGUUACUGGAGCAACGAGUGGUAUCGGAUUAGAAACCACACGUGUGCUUGCCUUACGUGGGGUACAUGUCAUUAUGCCAGUCAGAAACCUUGAAUCUGGUAAAAAAGUGAAAGAAAGCAUUGUUGAGAAAAUCCCAAAUGCAAAACUUGAUGUGAUGGAAUUAGAUAUUAGCUCAAUGCAAUCUGUGCGGCAGUUUGCAUCACAGUAUCGUUCAAAGGGGUAUCCUUUGAACAUCUUAAUUCUGAAUGCAGGGAUUAUGACUCCUCCCUUCUCUCUUAGCAAAGACAACAUAGAAUUGCAAUUUGCAACCAACCAUGUUGGUAACUUCCUUUUGACAAACUUAUUGUUGGAUACCAUGAAAAAGACUGUGAAAGAAAGUGGGAAAGAAGGAAGAAUUGUUAUUCUUUCAUCAGAGAUUCAUAGGAUGACAUACAAAGAAGGAAUCAGGUUCGAUAAGAUCAAUGAUGAGAAGAGCUAUUGCGCGUUCUCAGCUUAUGGGCAAUCAAAACUGGCUAAUGCAUUGCAUGCAAAAGAACUCACAAGGAGGUUUCAGGAAGAAGGUGUGAAAAUAACUGCAAAUGCUGUGCACCCUGGAGUUAUUGCCACCAACCUUGCACGCAAUGGCGGUUUUAAUGCUGUAUUCUAUGGUAUAUUCAACCGUUUCUUGAAGAACAUCCCUCAGGGGGCUGCAACUACAUGCUAUGUGGCUCUGCAUCCACAAGUAAAGGGCGUUAGUGGCCAGUAUUUUGCGGACAGCAACUUGUCUAAAGCAAGCAACUAUGCUCAAGACCCUGAACUCGCCAACAAACUCUGGGAUUUCAGUUUGAGGUUGACGAAUUCAAAGUAAUCUGGUUCUGGUCGUCAACUUCUUGGACCGAUGUAAAUUUCAUAAAACAAAUAAUGUUGUAUGUUUUUAACUUUUUAUAUAUAAUGGUAUUUGUGGUAACAAGGGUUUUAGAUGUUUUAUGUAAUCGUUUUUAGUUUAUAUGAUGAAUGAAACUCGUUUCUAUA